UUCAAAUUAAAAGACAACCUCAAAAACCUGGAAACUAAUCUAAAGUUAAAGCAGAACAUAAUCUCUAGAAGAAGAAGGAGAGAAGAGAGAAGAGGAGAGAAAGUUUAAAGCUUUCUCCUUUGCUAUUCUUUGAACAAUCUUCUUCUCUCUCUCUUCUUGGACUCCUUUGAAGGCAAGAAAAGAAAGAAAAGCAUUCUCUUUUUGUGGGAGGGGUCUCUGAAGAAUACUUGUCUCUCUUAGUGAUGUUUGGGUGCAAGAGUUUACUAUGCUGGGACUCUGUCCCUGAAUUCACUGACCCUGAUCCACUUCCCUUCUCUCUGCCUUCACCCCUUCCUCAAUGGCCACAAGGUGGUAGUUUUGCAAGUGGAAGAAUAUGCCUCGGAGAAAUAGAAGUUUUAAAAGCAGACAAGCUUGAGAAGGUCUGGAGAUGCACAACUUUGCGUGGGAAAUCGUUGGGUUUCACAUUUUAUAGACCUUUGGAAAUUUCAGAAGGCUUUUUUUGCCUUGGUCACUACUGCCAGUCUAAUGACCAACCAUUGAGAGGAUAUGUUCUUGUGGCACGGGAAACUAAUGCCUCAGUGUUAGAAUUUCCUGCUCUAGAAAAACCACUUGGCUACUCAUUGAUAUGGAGCAUUGAUUCACAUGAUGAAUGUGUUUACUUUUGGCUGCCAAACCCUCCAACUGGUUACAAAGCCAUGGGCAUAGUGGUUACUAGCAGUCCUAAUGAACCUGAAGUUGAAGAAGUUAGAUGCAUGCGAGCUGAUCUCACCGAAACUUGUGAGACUUCUGAUCUAUUACUGACUAUAAAGUCAAAAUAUGCAAAAAAUGUAUUUCAGGUUUGGAAUACAGAACCCUGUGAUAGGGGUAUGUUAGCUAGAGGUGUGUCUGUUGGGACAUUCUUCUGUGGUAGUGCCUAUUUUGAUUCUGAACAAGUGGUGGAUAUUGCGUGCCUGAAAAAUCUUGAUUCUUCCUUGCACGCAAUGCCAAAUCAGAACCAGAUUCAUGCACUAAUUCAGCAUUAUGGUCCCACCGUGUACUUUCAUCCUGAUGAGAAGUACUUGCCAUCAUCAGUGCAAUGGUUUUUCAAGAAUGGUGCAGUUUUGUAUACUGCAGGCAGUAGCAAGGGUAAAGCUAUAGAGUAUGGGGGCUCAAAUUUACCCAGUGGAGGAACUAGUGAUGGUGCCUUUUGGAUUGACUUGCCUACUGAUGAAGAUGCAAGAAACAAUCUAAAGAAGGGAAACAUAGAGAGUGCAGAACUAUAUGUUCAUGUAAAACCGGCCUUGGGAGGAGCCUUUACUGAUAUUGUGAUGUGGGUUUUUUGCCCCUUCAAUGGACCUGCAACCCUUAAAGUGGCACUUAUGAACAUUGAGAUGGGGAAGGUAGGUGAACAUGUAGGUGACUGGGAGCACUUCACCCUUCGUAUAAGCAACUUCAGUGGAGAACUAUGGUCUGUAUUCUUCUCUCAGCAUAGUGGAGGUCAAUGGGUAAAUGCAUUUGAUCUGGAAUUUAUCAAGGGAAAUAAGCCUAUUGUUUAUUCAUCAAAAGAUGGGCAUGCUAGUUUCCCUCAUUCUGGGACUUACCUUCAAGGACCAUCCAAACUAGGAAUAGGAGUACGCAAUGACGCAGCUAAAAGCAAAUUUAUUGUGGAUUCAAGCAUCAAAUAUGAGGUUGUUGCAGCUGAGUAUCUCGGUGAAGGAGUGAUCACAGAACCAUGUUGGUUGCAGUAUAUGAGAGAGUGGGGUCCUACAAUUGUAUACGAUUCACGUUCUGAGAUAGACAAGAUAAUAGAUAUGCUUCCACUAUUUGUUAGAUUUUCUGUGGAGAACUUAUUUGAACUAUUUCCAACAGAGCUUUAUGGUGAGGAGGGGCCAACAGGUCCAAAGGAGAAGGAUAAUUGGCUAGGAGAUGAAUAUUGCUAGUUCUAUUUCAGGCUACCAUUUUUUGCUGUUUUACUUUGCUACUCUUGAUCUUCAAGCUGUGUUUUUUCCUCAGUGUCUUCAAAUCCUGGUAAUAGUAUAUGUGUUGAUUGUGCCACUGCGGGAGUGAGUUGUAAAGGGGGUGUACCAUACAUAGUAGCAACUUAUCAAGUUAUGAGAUUCUAUGAUGUUUUUAUUGCUUAAAAGAAUAUACAUACAUAGCCACACAAAAAUUGUGAGAAGAAUGACAGCAAUGUACAUUCUGAUACACUCUUUAUUU